AUGCAUUUUGCUUCGCUCCUCACUCUUCUUUCCACCCUGGGAGCAGUAUCGGCAUCACCUCGCUUUGGUACCAGAGGGCAUCACUUCCGCCGUGCAGGCACCGGCAAUGACACAACAAACCCCUUCGACGGGAAGAAGCUUUACGCCAACCCAGACUGGGCAGAUAAGCUUGAACAGACUCACGACGCCUUCGUGGCCAAGGGAGAUACCGUGAACGCAGGCAAGGUCCGAACCAUCCAGGAUAUUGGUACAUUUGUCUGGAUUGCGGACGUUUCUGGUCUGGCGAACAUUGACACGGCUAUUGAGCGAGCCCGUGCCGUUCAAUCCAAGACGGGCGAGCAGCGAAUUGUUGGUCUGGUGCUAUACGACCUCCCUGACAGAGAUUGCAGCGCAGGAGAGAGUGCCGGCGAAUUCAGCAGCGAGAACAACGGGCUUGAGUUGUACAAGGAGACUUUCAUCAAGCCGUACGCAGAGAAGCUGGCUGCAGCUAGUGACUUGACCUUCGCCGUUGUUCUCGAGCCGGAUUCCUUGGCGAACCUUGUAACGAACUUGGGGAUCGAGUUUUGUGCUAAGGCGCAACCGGUGUACGAGGAUGGCAUUGCGUAUGCUAUUUCAAGCUUGCAGUAUGACCACGUCAACCUCUACAUCGAUGCUGCUCACGGUGGGUGGCUAGGUUGGAACGAUAACCUAGAGCCUUCCGCAAAGCUCUUCGCCAAGGUCGUCCAGAAGGCCGGUAAUAGCACCAAGAUCCGCGGUUUUUCCACCAACGUCUCAAACUACAACCCCUUCCACGCCAACCCUCGCGCCAACUACACCGAAUGGAGCAACUCAUAUGACGAGAACAACUACGCUCUAUCCCUUUCUCCCUACCUAGAAGCCGAAGGCUUGCCAUCACGGUUUAUCAUCGACCAAGGCCGUGUCUCCAACAGCAGAGCCGAGUGGGGUGAAUGGUGCAACGUCCACCCAGCCGGGUUCGGUAUGCAGCCCGGCACGCCGGUGAACAACACCCAUAUCGACUCCAUUGUGUGGGUGAAGCCAGGUGGCGAGAGCGACGGACGCUGUGGUCUUGAGGGUGCGCCUAGGGCUGGUGCUUGGUUUGACGAAUAUGUACAGAUGUUGGUCGAGAAUGCCGACCCCUCUAUCCUUCCGAGUGACGCCUGA